GCUUGCUCCCACUCACCUUACGUCUAGAAAGGCAAACAGGAGGAAUUUCGGCAGGAUGACCCACACUGGACUUACAUGGUGCAGAGAUUCCUGUUAUUGACAAUCCUCUUAUACAAUAAGCACCACGAUCAGAGAAAAGAAACAGAUGAGGAAGAUAGGAUGAGCAACUAAACACUUGGAAAAGGAUUUUACUUCUUCCUGUUACAGUUUGAAGAACUGCUGUGAACUUCCAAGAUGAGCCUAAAGAGAAGGAAACCGAGCGUGGUGUUCAGCUGGCAUAAGUCCUUUGCCAUCCUUGCCCCCUGGAGAAAAGGCAAAGGGGACAUGGCUUUAGAAAGUGAGGUUGUCCUGACCAAGAUGAAGCUCCUCAACAACUUUCAUGAGAAACUUCUAAAUGCAGAAGACUCUGUAUCGACCGUGUCCAUGUCGGUAUCUGAGCAGGAUGUCUCUGCACCAGUCCAAGCUGAAGAAGCCAUUUCUGUUAACAGUGCACCUGAACCACUCACAGAUGAGUCAAAGAAAAACUAUUUAUCUGUGAUGUUUUCGAAUUCCCAGUUGCCAGGUUUGUACAAAUUCGAAUCCGAGGACUCUGGAGUGGAGAUGCCAAGUGGCGCAAACUCCCCAUCUACGCCAACGGGUUCAGAGCACAGCUUUGUUGUUCACAGCAGAGAGUCUUCAUGUGACUCUGGCAAUCAGGACUCUCAUGUAGAAGCCAAUGAUCCUCUUCUGUUAUUAGAACAGAGUACAACCUCGUUAAAGACUGAGCAAGCAUCAUGUACAGACGUGGAAAACAAUAAUCAAACAGUAUUAGACGAUGGACAGGAGGACAAGAUGGAUAAUGUUUUACUGAAAGUUGCAGAAGAUUUAAAAAGGGUAGAGUGCCGAACCCUGGGGGAUACAUCAGAGAGUUGUCAGGAAGACUUGUUAAGUGUGGACACGGCUGAGGUGAGAGCAGAAAGUGAGGUGGAAGAGAACACAGAAUCAAGUAGUCAUGCCAUUAAAGCGUAUGAUGGCAACAUGGUGUUGGAAUUACAACCGUUAAGAAAAAGUACAACGAGUGACAGUCUGGAUGAGUACAUGGAGGAGUGCUGCAGGCUUAGUGAGGUAAACCAGGCUCAGUCUAAUCCACUAGGCUCAGGACUGGGUUAUCUGGAGCAUAUCUGCCAGCUUAUCGAGAAAAUUGGACAACUACAGGAGCACAACCUCAAACUACAGAAGCAGAUCUGCGGCCUAAAGAAGGACAGCAAGAUGCUGAAAACUAAAGAGGAUUUUUUCUUACAGCACUGUCAUUGUGGAGCAGCCGGUCUGGCUUUUCAGGAGGUGAACAGACAUUCCCGCAGUGACUACAGCAGCCUACAGGCAUCCAGUGGCACACUGUCUGACCUUACUACUAUUCCAGAGGGCACACACAUUCCUCUUCGACCAGCCUUCAGAGAUUGUGAGGGAGACUGCCAGUCGACGGGGACACUGAGGAGAAGGGGCUUUACCAGGAGGAGUUAUGCUGAGGGGGAGUCCAGAUACCUGAGUGACAGCUCAGAGAUCCUCUCUUCUCCCCAUAGAAGAUCAGAGAACUACACAUGGGGCAGAGUAAAGGAUCUGGUAAGGAAAAGCAGGCUGAGGAACCAGAGCAGACUGGGACUGUCCGCCAGCUCCUUUAAGAGAUCGUGUCCACAGCUAUACCGGCCUGAACAGAGAUCAUCUGAACUGUCCAGGAAAGACAGAAACUCGAUGAUUGUCCUCAGCAAUCAGAAACUGGACUAUCAUUGGGUUCCCUAACAUGAACAGCUGGACAGUAAACUGAUGGAGUACGAUGGGUGACAUUUUCCAAAAGAGGUGGAUAUGGUUAAGUUGUACAGAUCCCUGACAAAAAAGAACAGAAAGAAAAGAGACUGUGGUGGUGUGGUGUAAAGUGUGAUCCUCUGCAUUAAGGGAACGGAUGGAAAAAUGGAAGCGACCUCAUACCUGACAUCCAUAAUGUAAAACAUAAUAUGUAUAUGUUCAUAUAAGUGCAUAAUAGACUUAUUUAAAUGGCUGCUUUAU